AUGUGCCACUUUCAGGUCUCCUCACACUGCUGGUGUGUUGAAUUUUUUGACAUAGGGUGCUGGCAGAUUACGGGCCUCCCAUAGCUGCUGCCAGGCCCCUAAUCUGCCAUGGGCCCCUAUAUACCGCCUCCUCAUGCUGCUGCCAAGUCCAGAGUCUCUCAUGGGUCCCUGUACGGCCUCCCAUUGCUGCUGUCUCCAUCGCCACACUCUGCCAUGUGCCACUUUCAGGUCUCCUCACACUCCUGCUGGUUUCCAUUUUGUCAUAGGUUGCUGUAUGGCCUCCCAUUGCUGCUGCCUCCACCGCCACACUGUGGCUCCAAACACUGGUUUUGGCCCCGUGACUGGCCAUGAGUGAAGUGUGCGGUGAUUCUAAGAUCGACGGCACUCAUCUGCAUGUCAUACUG